AUGCCCGGAGACGAUUAUCUGAGUGAAAGCACUGGUGGUGGUCGUGGAGAUUAUUAUCAAGGAAACUACGGAACCGGUGGAAAUGUGGAUGGGUUUUUAUUAAUGCUCAGUACUUAUAAUAUCACUUUUUUUUGUAUUUGUCUCAUUUGCUUUGGUUUUCAGCAAAGUAUGAAAGGCUAUCAACAGUACGGUGGUGCUGCUGGCUAUUCAUCCGCACAAUAUGGCUCAAGUGGAUACACAGCUGGAUAUGGAGCAACAGGCUAUAAUGCCGGCUAUGGGGGUGGCUAUCAAAGUGGUUAUUCGGCCAUGGAAGCGCAAAGUCCUUUGGAUGCUGAAAUUCAGGUUGUAAUUCGUGAGAUUCACACCGAACAACAGCUAAUGGAACAAGGUGGUGAAUGGGGUGAACAGUUCAAGAACGCGAAACGUUUGUUGGCCGCCGAAGCAGAUAAACUCGAGAAUAGCAUCGAUCCAGAAUGGCUUGAAGUGGAUAUUCCGAAACCAAUCAAAGUCUCCAAGAAGAUUCUCAUCCCGAACUUUCGACAUCCGCGUUUCAAUUUCGUCGGUAAGAUUCUCGGUCCUAAAGGCGCUUCUCUGCAAGCUAUGGCCAAACAGUUCAAAUGUCAUAUUUACGUGUUGGGUCGUGGAUCGACAAAGGAUCGUGCAAAGGAGCAAGAGCUACUCGCAAGUGGUGAUCCACAAUACGCACAUUAUGGUGGCCCAUUGCACGUGAAAGUUGAGACAAUUGCACCGGCGCAUACUGCUUAUCAACGAAUCGCUGGAGUGUUGGAAACACUUUCACAAAUUCUUCAACCGGUUCAUAUUUUAUAG